GUCAUUUGGUGAUUUGGGUUUACAUAGUCAGAAAUGAACAUGUAAGGAUAUCUGUUCACUUUUCUGUUCUGCACUUUUGUUCACUUGAAAACUGCUUUUCUGUUCUGCUGUAAGAAUAUCUGUUCCAUAGCACCAUAUGUCAGAGAGAGCUGUAAUGCUAUUGAGAUUUGUACAAAUUCAUUAAACAUAGGAUAAAUAGUUGAUAAUGCAAAUAUUUGUACUUGUCAUGAGUUCAAUUUGUGUGACAAAAUAAUGUAUUUUCAUUUAUUUUAUUUGAGUAUUUUGUUGGCUUUGGGCUUUCAUGACACCGUGACUCUCAGGCCAGAAUAUUGCAAAACCCAUUCUGGCUACGUAUCCUUCUCAAAUGUCUCAAAUGGCCCUGCUUCUGAUCAUUCCGUUGUGAAGAUAUCAAGUAGGAGUCAUGUGUUUGUGCAUGACUAUCAGAGGCCUACUUACAAAUCCUGGGGUGACGUGACUCAAUACUAUAAGAGAAGAAAGGAAGCUUAUUGUGCUGAACGGACUUCUAGUUUGCCUAGUUUGACAGAUGGAAGUGAUCACAAAUUUAGACAACAAAGCACUGAUAAUGACUUAUCUUGUCCAUCUACUAGUAAUUCACCUCUCUCGUUCAGAAAUGUUCAUGAUUCAGCUUGUUCUUCAGGAAACCUUAGCCUACCGAAUAUCGUAAGUGUGAAUACAAUUGCACCAGAUCGUGAGAUGAAGGACAACUUUUCAAGUAGCAGACAGUCUUAUACAUCAAAUAGCCAACAAGCAGAUAUACACUGGAAAAUCUCUCCGAGGACAAUGCAGUUACUUCCAAAGUCUUCCCAACCUAAAAUUUCCCUGCCAAAAUUAUUCGAAGAACAGAAAGAAAAGUAUCCCUCAAUUGAUAAAGGCAGUGCUCAUAAUGUAACAAAAAGGGAGGCUGCUGCUGAAAAGUCUGUUGGUGUUGACAAAAUAAAUGGAACCCCCACAGGAAAAGGAUCUGUGGAACCAGAAGCUAUUAUCCAGUCAAAUCUUCAUGAGAGGCUUGGUUGCAUUUAUGACAAGGUUCUUGUGGUUGAUACUGUCUCUGCUGCAAAGGAAGUAGUUGGUAUGCUCACAAAUCAAUACAGGCAUAUGGUCCAUGCAUGUGACACGGAAGUAUCAAAGAUUGAUGUUAAGCAGGAAACACCAGUUGAUCAUGGAGAAAUUGUAUGCUGCAGUAUUUAUUGUGGACCGGAAGCGAAUUUUGGAAAUGGCAAGUCUUGUAUCUGGGUAGAUCUUCUUGAUGAGGACGGGAGGAAUCUUUUGGCUGAAUUUGCUCCUUUUUUUGAAGACCCGUCAAUUAAAAAGGUGUGGCACAACUAUAGCUUUGAUAACCAUGUUAUAGAGAAUUAUGGACUUAAACUUGCUGGUUUCCAUGCUGAUACAAUGCACAUGGCCCGAUUGUGGAAUUCAUCAAGAAGAUUAGAAGCUUCUUGGAACCUCUUAAAGAGACUUGUAGAGACCUUUUUUGACGCAUUGAAGUUCCAGGAAAUCGAGUUUAGUUGUUGUCAGUUGAGGUUAUUAUCAAACUUGCUAUGGUGACUUUAUUAUUGAGGAAAAAGAGAAGGAUAUUACCAAUAAUGUAGGCAUGUCUUAAUUUAUUUCAUGAUUUACGACUCU